AUGGCGCCUGAGGCCAACAAUCGCUACGCGCUCUUUCGGGAGAAGGAUCUGAACGUUCCGCCGCCAAACAACUCGGCUAUCGACCUGUCUCGUAACCCGUUUCUCAACCAAGUCGCCGACGACUCCAUUCCGUGGCAGGAGGUGAAGAAGCGUAGCGCAGUUCCGCUCCAGCCUCCCUUGGGUACAAAAAGCAAGACGCUUGUGAUCCGAGAUAGUCACAAGAUCGCUCCUGCCCGCAGCCAUGGUAGCUUAACUCGUGCGCGUGCUCUAUCAAGCUCUACUGCUGCAACUGUUACGAGCAAUGACAAGGCGCACGAUCCACAUGAGAACUGGUGCGGUGUUUGCUCCAUCAAGUUCUCCAACAAGUCUACGCUUCUCAAUCACAUCAAGCAGACGCCCGAGCACCAGCAUUACUGCAAUCUUUGCAAGCGAGUCUUCAAGGAUCGCAACGGCCUCAAGAAUCACGUCGAUAGUGCUUGGGACCAUGAGGUGUUUUGCAACCUCUGCCUCAGCGCAUUCAAGGACGAGUGGGGUCUCAAGAAUCAUUUCGAGAACAAUUAUUCUGUCGGACACGAGUUCGUUUGCUUAACAUGCCUGAUGGGGUUCCGUAGCCGCAGCGAGCUAGAGGUUCAUCUCAAGACAUCCCAGAAACACAGCUGCUGUCUGACGUGCAACCGUCGCUUUCGCGAUCAGGAUGAGCGCGACGAGCAUUGGCAAAAGACGAGUAAGCACAAGCAUUGUUUGCAGCCGGGCUGUGACUUCGAUGGCCCCGAUCAAAUGGCGCUGCAACAACAUCUCAAGCGAGACCAUUUCCAAUGCGAAGGCUGCAAGCGGAUACUCCCCAGUGCUACGAAGCUUAAUCUGCACUAUGAGAGCUGUGAGUUCACCAUUGCGUGCCACCAAUGUGGUGAGCCGUUCGCGGGCCAAGUCAAGCUUGCUGCUCACCUGGAGCAUUGCUAUCUCUGCGAGGAGUGUGGAUACCAGACUCAUCAUCAGGGCAACUAUCACAUUCACAUGACGAAACAUUCCAACGCCGCGAUACCAUGCUGGGCCUGUGACGCUCCGAUGCGUACAUACUCCAGCCUCAUCAACCACCUUGAAUCAGGCAAAUGCCCCAAGUUUCCCAACACUGCGCGUCUGCUGCUCUGCCUCGGCAAGUGGUGGUAUUCGCCGCUGUACAUGGAUCUCGACAUUCACGCGCAGAUUCGAACCGGACGUAUCGCUCUUGGAGAAGUGCAAGCAUGGAUGGAUGGCGGCCUACUGCAUCCUUUCAUCUGCCGCGCGGACGGCUGCACAAAGUCAUUCGGCCACCUCAGCUCUUUGGUGCUGCACGUCGAGAGCCACGCGUGCGCCUGGGACAUCGAGCGUGUGAACAUCUACGGACUGGAGAAGGAGUUCAAGCGAGUUUGUGUGCGGCGGGACAGUGCGGUAGAAUAG